AUGGAACCGCACGUGGCUGUGCUUGUCUUAGAUACCCCCAUCGCAGGGGUGGCCGAGACCUUUGGUGAUUUUGGGGACAAUGCCAUCUCUCUCUUGGGCCGGAGCAAAUGUGGCUUUGUGAAAUACCAGGUUGCGUUUGAUGUGACCAUGGCGGAUCGUGCCGAGCAAAACGCGCAGGGCUGCCAGCGCAUGCUCUCUGCCUUGUCGGAGGGAAUCAGAGACGGGGCGAUCAAAGGGGCCAUCUUGACCGGCUCCAGAACGGACUCGUUUUUGGAGAACCACCCCUGGAUCGCGCCGCUCGACAAGUUCAUCCAGACAACGCUCUUCAACACGCCCAACUUCCCCAUGGUGGGCUUGUGCUUCGGCCACCAGAUCUUGGCCAAGAACUUGGGCUGCAAGGUGAACCGAAACUCGCCCGAGAACGGCUGGGAGGCAGGAACAACGACCAUCUCCUUGAACAAAAGCAUCUUGGACAUCCCGGGGUCGCCGUUCCGCUCUGCCUUGAAGACCGAGGACGGCAAAAUCUUGCAACACAUCAAUCUCGUGGAGUUCCACCGUGAUAUCGUCUAUGGAAUGCCGCCAGCGUCCACGCAUUCUUUACUAUCCGGCACUUCCUUCCAAAAUCUCGGAAGCACUGCCAAAUGCUCUAUUCAGGGACUCAUCACGGAGUCGGGCCCAAUCAAGGUUCUCACCUUCCAGGGCCAUCCCGAGUUCACCACUGCGGAGUCUUUGAACCUACUCGAGCUCAUGGCUCAGGAACAGAAGAUAGACAAGGGUGUAUUUGAGCGUCUGACUUAUAACACCAGGAAUUUAGAAAACCAGGGUCCUAUUGUUGGAAAAGUUAUUCAGGAAUUUAUAGAAUCACACAUUCAAUUCUAG